AUGAGUAAUCUGAGACAUGAAAAGAAGAAGCAGAAAGAUCGGCAGACGCGCCAAAAAUGCCCAGAAAAAGCAGACGCAAAAACAGACCAUGGAGAGACAUGA